AUGGCGUCUUACAUGGUUCAUUGUCAAUACAGAGAGCAUGACGACGAUGAUGGUUGGGACGACGAUGAUGGUUGGGACGACAAUGAUGGUUGGGACGACAAUGAUGGUUGGGACGACGAUGAUGGUUCGGAUGAUGAUGAUGGUUCUGAUGAUGAUGAUGGUUGGGACGAUGAUGGUUGGGAUGACGAUGAUGGUUGGGACGACAAUGAUGGUUGGGACGACGAUGAUGGUUCGGAUGAUGCAUUGAUUAUGGUGUAUGCGUUGUUCAUAUUGUUUAUCUUGCUGUAUAUGUUGGAGAUAAUGACUGGACAACGACAAUGA